UCUUUUCCAUUUAUAUCUUCGAAUUCCUUUUGUUUCGAAUUUCAUUUUUCUCUGGCUGCUUUUACCGUUUUUUAUUUAUUUAUUUUAGAUCUGCGGCAUGGAUUAUGAUGUUUAUCGUUUUCUUGCAGUAGUAAAUUAGUCAAAACGAUUCUUCUUCUUUUCAAAAUCGUGUUUUUUAAAUCCUGGCGAAUCGCAGGCUUGUUUAUGCGCGGGCGUGAUUAUGUUUUCAUGUAGUCAUAAACCAUUCAAAAUUCGCUCUUGUUUUCUGUGCAGAUGUUCUGCAUUAGUUGGUCGCUGUUGUGUUCAAUAGUUGAAGCACUUCUUCGAUGUUUUUGUUUUUGAUUUGUAGUUGAUAAUAAUUAUACCCGAAAAGUACAGUUGAUGAUGGAGGGAGAUAAAGUUUCUGAGGGAUCUGGGAAGUCACGGCCUGUUUUGGGAGACAUAACAAACCACCUGGGAAAAAGGGGUUUAUCUUCGAUUUUGGGUAGUUCAGGGAAAAAAAGGUGGAGCUAUGGAGGAGGUGAAAUUUGGAUCUAAGUGUGUUGUUGAAGAUAAUAAAGGAAUUUUCAAAAGAGUUCGUCUUUCACCUAAAAAAUCUGCUGAACACCACAGCCCUUUGACAAAAAAGCCAUAUUUGAUAAUUCAAAGAACCCCACUGAAAACAACGACCCUGAUUCUUCACAUCUUGUUGGUAAACACAGUACAACUUCCACGAAUAGUAGUGAGAGCUUGAGUAAUUUGAACCCCACAAACUUGUGCCCCCUAAAAUUUGUGGGGUUCAAAUUAUCAUGAUGCUGAGAAAACUUUUGAUACUUAUGAAGAGAGAGCGGCCAGUUCUGAAAGAACCGAAAGUGAUACUAACGGAUGCCAGAAUGAAGUUGAUGAGCAAGGAGCUGAAAAUCUAGUAAUAAGUCAGUUAAGGUCAAUCGACCAUUCAAGAUUUCCCGACUCACAGGAAUCAAGAGUCGGGCUUGAGAAAUGCACUAGAGUAAAGGUGGGUGAUGGUUGAUCUGAACCUGUUACAGGCAUUGAAUCCACAUAAAGUCUUGCUCUUGCACUUUUUGCACCAAAGCUGCUUAUAUGUGUUUAGACCUCCACUACCAAGACACAAAGGGUCGAUUAGCUGCUUUAAAGAAGAGCCUGAAAGAAGCAAGCAUUUUAACAGAAAGAAGUUUCAAGGUAAAGGCACCUCAGAGAUAUGGUUCAGCACAACACUGAUGUGCCUAACUUGGAAUCAAGUUUAUGGAGUCAGUGGAGGUCUCUCUUCUUACACAUGGAGAACAUAUAUGAGUGCAAAACUAACCAACUUGUGAGUAGAUCAUUUUAUUUCAUAGAUGAUCUUAUUUAGUUGCUUUGAAUAACUAAUGAGAAUUUGACCAAUGAUCAUCAUGCAUGUUCUGCUGCCCCAUUGAUUCGCUGCAAUGUGAGCAUAUUAGAGAUCAAGGUUGUUAAACUCAAGAUCCUAGCUCGGAUCAGAGAGGGUCUAGGAGAUCGUAACUCGAAUCGUAAGAUCCUAGAAACGGAACUAUCAUAUAUAUAUAUAUGUGUUUGUGUGUAUUUAGAUACACAUGUGUAUAUAUAUAUGUCAAGAUUGUAGAGUUAACUCGUUAACUCGUACGAUCUUUCGCGCUGUGGGUACAUGGUCAAGUUAGGUCGCAGCGUGGAUCAGAAAUUGCAGCCAGAUCGCCGGAUCGACGAGUUAACUCGUUAGAUCGCGGAAUCGUCGAUCUCCUUCGAUCUGCGUCGUUCGUUUCUGUAGGAAAAGAAUACGACGCACAGAGUCAGAAUUCCGAAACGACGCUAAGGUCGGAAAAUCGGAAACGACUUAGAUUGAGAAAAGCGACUCAAGUUUUAAAAAAAUAAUGACCUGCGUAGACCCCACUCCCAAGGCGACACCUUCGCACCUGAGAAAUAACUAGAGUGUCGCCUUCUUCAUUCGUAUUCUGCAACACUUGUUUUGUUCUCCUCCAAUUCUCCUCAGAAAACGUUUUUGUUCUUUCUCCGUUACAUCUUCUAGGACUUCAGAUUUUUAUUUACAAGCUGAUUUUUUGAAUCCUUUUUCCAUAUUUGUAUUUUGUGUUUUGCAGAUUAUUUUAUACCAUUGAAAAAUGACAUUUUGAUUAAUAUUUGAAAUUUUUUAAGUUUAAAUACACACACACACAUAGGUAUCUAAAUACACACACAUACAAAUAUGAUAGUUUCGGUUCUAGGAUCUUACGAUUCGAGUUACGAUCUCCUAGACCAAUCUCCGAUCCGAGCUAGGAUCUCGAGUUUAACAACCUUGGCUGAGAGAGAUAACAAACCUUCAAAUAUGGGAAACGGUUUGUAAUGAUUUUUUAUAUUCUGUUUUUGUCAUAAUUUUUUGAGGUCUUCGUUAAUAUCAUGUUUCUUGGAACUGCUAAUAAAAAUUAUAAUUAAAGCCCAUUAGAGCCGCCUAAUUACUUAGAGAAAAGCCUCUAGGACUGGGAAAGCACCAAGCUACAAACCCUAUAUGUAUGCAUGGAAACGUGAGAAUCAUGGGGGAACAUGAAACGGGAAAUCUCAUCUUUUAAUAGAAAAAACAAGUGUUAGGAGAGUUUUCAAAGACCAAAACAAAAAUGUGCUCUUUGCUUCAUAGAUAAAUCAUACCCUUUUACCAUAAUCGUAAUAGUGUUCCAAUAGAUCAUAAGUCUUUAUUCUUAUAAUAUUGGAUGUGGUUUUGUAUAUUUUUUUUUCUUCCUGGGGUCUUGAUUGGUUUCAUGUUUCUGUAUGAAAUUAAAAAAAAAACAUAUUUUUUUGUCCAAAUGAUGCCAAACCUAAUCAAAGCUCAUUCAGGUAUGCCAAUUACUCUGAGCAACUGCCUUUUGGCGAUUGUUUGAAUACAUGAUUUGGUUUGUAAAGUUUUUUUAGGUCUUUAUAAUAUCAUUUUUCUAUCAGUAUUUGUUAUAAUUUUCUUUUUCUUCUUGGUCUAGACAGUAAAAUGUUCAAUUAGAACUUUUUUAUAAAUAGUCCUUCUUUUGUUCAAAAACCAAGAUAAAUUGGAAUUUGCAUUUCCCCUACUUGUGAACUUAGAGUCAACUUUUUAAAAAUUUAUAUGCUUGUGCUCAAUCACACAUUAAGAGAGAUCAUAUUCUAGAGCCAAUAACAUGUGACAUUGUUUGAUAAUAAUGAAAAGAGAUAUUACACAUAAAGAUGGAGUACAUAUAAAAUUGUUGAUCUUCUACCGCUUAUGAAACACUGCCUUCAUAUCUUGCAGAUGUAAUCUAGGUGGUUCUUUGUCUUGUUACCAAACCAAAACAUUGAUUAGAAACCAGAGCUCCAUCGAAACUUGAUGUGGUUAUCCAAAACUGGAAUACAGUUCCUAUACAUUACGAAAUUGAAUAUGAUUUGUCUAUGGUCAUUACGUAGUUAAUACUCUUUGCACUUCUUAUAAAUUACGAAAUUGAAUAUGAAUACAAAACUAGGACACAGUUGACAGUUCUUGCCUUUAGUGGGUCUACAAUUAACCAAUCCAAAACUGGAACAAAACCAAGGGUGACCCAUCCUAACUUUGCUCCAGUUCCCAGUCCACCACCCUCCUAAUCGAGAUGGGGACCAUAUUUUAUGGGUAAGGCCUGCUUCCCGUCUCGCUCCACUACUGAUUCUGUUGCGGAAUCAAAAUAAAGAAAAAUUAACACCCACUCUGAAAUCAGCUUUCUCCAAGACUCUGAUAGGAACCAGACAAGUUACUGUAUAUUAAUUCAGGAAAUACGAGUCCUGAAGCUAUUACAAUGGCAGUCAAUCGUAAUUGACGUACAAAGAGAGGAACGGCAAAGAGGAAAAGAACAAUAGAGACACUUCGAGUAGUCUCAACACUCCCAGUCCCAAGUCCCAAGUCCCAACUAAUUUCCCCCCUCUUUCCCCCCUCUUAUUAUACCCAUCUCCUAAAUGGGCCAGCCUUAGUUACUAAGUAACUGGGCCUUGAACCCACUUAUUGUACAAUAUCAAAUACUUGCUAUUAUUCUUAUUACUAGUAUUAUUUUAAGUCUCUAUCAUCACUCCCCCCUUUGACAACCACCUUGUCUUCAAGGUGGGGAGUAAGAGCAGCCAUGCCAUCAACUUCCUCUUGACGCCUCUUCCUUCCUAGUAUCUCCCACAUUGCUGAACCAGAAGCUUUAGUACAUGUUCCUUCAAAAUGACAAAUGGUGCUGCUGCAGAAGAUAGAUCGAGUGCAGUUUCAUUUGUUGCAGUAGCCUUCAAGCACUCACUAGUUACAAGUGUUUCCUUGUUUUCAUGAGACUCCUCAAGGAUUCUCACUUCUGAGACUAUCAAUGUAUUGGAUGCAGAUUUGAUGUCACUCAAGUUACUCCACUCAUUGUCUGCAACAGGUACUAUGCAAACUUCUCCAUUUACCAUCCACUUUUCUGUACUGCAGUAAGUAUCAAUGAUAGAAGAAUAUGUAGUAGCAGGACUUGUCUUAUAAAACUUCAACAGCCAACAGAAGUUGUGCACAACAGUGCUGCCAUGCGAUUUCAUAUUCUCCUACCGCCAAAGUCCCAAGUCUAGGAAGCUUUCGUCUUUCCUUUCCCUUAUAGGCAGAACUUCAAGAUACCAUUCAACCCCUUCAUCUUUCAAUGCUGCAGCAGUUCUCAUAACUAUGGAACAUGAAGGCCUAACUUCCAUAUAAAGCUUGCGGAAUUGGUCUGCUUGCAGGUAAUCAUUUCCUUCACCCGAAAGAGACAUGGGAAUUUUCAAUCCUUGCUUCAAUUUCACAUUUUCGCGGACUUCAAUAUAAUUUUCCACACAGUUUCCAGCCUUUUUUCCCAAAGCAUUAGUUAAGGAUUGACUAAAAUCCAUGGGAAAAUGCUGAGACGUGCUGUUUAGUGCAUACUUGGCAGAAAGUACCAAUUUGCAAACUUCAACAUCAAGAACCAGAAGCUGGUCAAUUAUAAAACCAGGCUUCGAGAUAGACUUCUUAUCUCCAGCCCCAGCAAUAAGAUCAAUGGCUUUGUCUGGAAGAUACCUAUCAGGAAGGUAACUAGCUGAAUGUUGCAUAGCUUCUGUCAUAGCCUCGUAACUAUGUUUACACUUAGGAUGGGAUUCAUAUUUCUCACAUAGCCCUCGCAGUAACUGGACAGCAUUCUCAUGGCUCGGUUUCUCAUUUAUUACCAGCUGAAACCCAAGCAAUGGCUUUAACAGAUUAGACGUGUCAUGUUCGAAUCCCUUACUACCUCUCCUAUCCAUGCCAGAACCACUUAGAGUAGGGAUCUCAUCAAUAAGAAGAAUGUUAUUUCCUGGAUUCUUAACCUCCUUAUUUAAUGUAGUCACCCCAACCUCCAAUGCACCAGAAUUAUACAAUAAUUUCUUCAUACCAAUGAGAUGCCCAGUUAACUUCCUCUUUGGUGCAACUUGAUAACAUGAGUUUAAUUUAGAGUCUGGAACUAACCUCAACUCAAACUGGGGAGCAAAACCUUGCAAGCCAUUGUAGUACCGAACAACGAAACCGUGCUUUUCAAUCUUCAUUAUCCAUCCCUAUUCGAUUAGUCCCUCAGUGGCAUCAGUAUGCGAACUGGUGAUUUCCUGAAGCUUCUUUCCAUCAUUCCCCUUUGCUAUUUUCUCAUUUUUCUCAAUACUGGCAAGUGAAUUUGUUAUCACAAUGCUCCAUAAUUGCGCCACUUCCUGAGAUAUUGCAACAUCAUCUACUGGCCGAUGCAUUGUGGCAACCAUUUGUGUAGAUUCUGAUUUUAUUUCAUUUUCUAUGGCACUGGUGAAUUUUGCAUCUGUCACCCCGUUAUUAAUUCCAUUGAUAUAAGCAGUAGACGAGGUAGCUUGAGAUUUAUCUACUUGUCCAGUGACAUUAAGGACUUCCAGCUUAACAGAGUCUGUAAAAUUAGCUGUACCUGAGCUUUCAGAAGUAUUUGAACCAGCAAUUUUAGCAUCAGCAGAUUCAUGUUCCAUGGUAAUUGAGGAUUGAGUCACCCCAAAAAAUUUCUCCUCACAUCCCUCAUCACCAUAAAUGAACUUAUCUUCAGAGGGGAGUUGUGGCUGACUCACAUACUGCUGAGGGAACGAUGCUGACUCAACUUGAGUAGUGUGAGAAGCCGAAAUCUGCGAUGAAACCUGCAAACUGGUUGAGUCAGCUAGCGAUGAAGUCAGUGAAGUGGGAGAUGAAGUUCGCGAUUGCGAAUUGGAAUAAAUUGGCCGACGGCAUCUAGGAGGGCUCCUUGCUCGGCCUCUAGUUCUCCGGCGACGUUGUUGACCCAGCUCCUUGCAAAACUCGUCCAACCAGAUCCUCCACUUUUUCUCCCGAUCACUUUCUACCUUAUCCGAGGGCUUCUCCACUUUUCCGCGCGCUUCUCCACCUUUCCCCUGGAAGCAUCCUGAUCGGAUCUUCGCUGCUGACUGCACGGGUCCUUUCCGCGGGAGUCCUUUCUGCUUUGCGUAGAUUGGAGCUUCUCCAGUUGUCCGCGCGAAUCAGAGGCAGCCGGUUCUGACCGUCGAUCUUCUUUGCGCAAACCAGAGCGCUUCUCCCUGUUCUCGCGCAAACCAGAUGCGGCUACUUUCUGAUCACCAUGUUUGCGUUUCUCCACCUAGUGUUUCCUGCGCUGCUCCAUUUGUUUAUCGCGUGAAUGUAGAUUGAAGAUUCCCUGGGUCGACUGCUCUGAUACCAAUGAUAGGAACCAGACAAGCUACUGUAUAUUAAUUCAGGAAAUAUGAGUCCUGAAGCUAUUACAAUGGCAGUCAAUCGUAAUUGACGUACAAAGAGAAGAACGGCAAAGAGGAAAAGAACAAUAGAGACACUUCGAGUAGUCUCAACACUCCAAGUCCCAAGUCCCAAGUCCCAAGUCCCAAGUCCCAAGUCCCAACUAAUUUCCUCCUCUUUCCCCCUUCCUACUCUUAUUAUACCCAUCUCCUAAAUGGGCCAGCCUUAGUUACUAAGUAACUGGGCCUUGAACCCACUUAUUCUACAAUAUCAAAUACUUGCUAUUAUUCUUAUUACUAGUAUUAUUUUAAGUCUCUAUCAGACUCCUCGAGUUGUUUGAAAUGAUGGCCUUUUCUGUGACUUUUGUACUCCAGGACACAGGGCAGCCAACUGCCCAAUGGUGUUGGCGGCUAAUAUACUUAAGUGAUUCUUUUGAAGUCCUCGUGAAUCUCGUGAUAGAAUACUUUAGAAAUCUAACAGUAACACACAUCAGCGAUAAAUUAAUUCGUUUAAACUUUCAUUUGUUUACUUCUUGAGUGUUUGAAUUGGUUUUCCAUUUGCAUCUUUUUCUGCCAUAUAAUGUUGACCUUGUAUUAAUGUAUUAUAUAUCUACAUACCAAAUUGUAUUAAAUUAUUGUUGUUCUAAAUUUUUGUUAUCACACUUUAAUGUAUAUUUACACUAUAUAUACGGUUUGUUGAAGGAAUUUCAUUGUCCACAAAACCUCAUUCUACACUUCCCAUUAAUCCAACAUCCUCAAAAGCUGAAGAAUUGCAAAAAUGGUACGUCACUACACCACAAAUAUACAUAAUUUUGUACCAAUUCAUUCCGUAUGAUCUUACAUUAACAUUUAUUCCACAUUGCUUUAUGCAAGGCGAUUGACAAUAGUCCUAUUCUUGAUGCGCUAAAGAUAUGUCGCGAAUAUAUUAACGCGGCAAUUAACCUUGCAAGUCCAGUAGUUGAAGAAAUUUCCAAAAUAUCUAAUGCGAAACCCAUUUGGACUCCCGGCAAAAUCAAUUUGCAGCUUGAAGGUGAGUCUUUGGUAUAUGGCUUGUAGCAAUUGUCUGAAAACAGUUUAUGCUGAUUGUGAUACUUGGUUUUUUUGCAUGCAUUGUGAUAAGGAGGAUGCAUAUGGUACUCCAAGAUUUGAUAUCAAAUUACCCAUGAAAUAUGUGGUCAACCUUUUCUGAGUUAAAAAAUUAAACAAAAUUCAUGACAAUUCUUGAAUUUUUUUUAUGAAAUUAUUCGAUCCAAAGUGAAUGUCUCAAACACCAAUUCUACUUCAACAAUUGACACCUCAGUUUUUUGGCAAUGCGUCGAGAAACUUCUAGUCAUGACUAGCAAAUAAAUUAUGGAAGUGGAGCUAGAGGUUGACAAGUUACCAGCCAACACUAAUUUAAUAUUUUAAAUUUAUAUACAUGAACUAUUACAUUUUGAUACUACACAAUAUGUUGACUCUUCUUUAUAAAUUAUGAAUGGAAAGAAGACAUCGUUCCAAUAUGCAAACAAGCGCUUAGACAAAGAAGAAUAUAUUGUACGACUGAGGUCACAAACAGGUACCUAUCAAACCAAAGCAUACCCCUCCUGCACCGUAACAUCUUUGCAUGAUGCGUCUCAUUGAUCCACCAACCCCACCUUUGUCAAAGAUGAAGCUCCCACACUCGUGAGUAGAUGAUUUACCUGUUGAUUUGAAGCGCAAGAAAAUGCUUGAUUACUUGUCACUAUUUCCCACUAUUUCUAAUACUACUACUGUUUUUUUAAAACUUUUGCUUUAAUUUUCUUCAAGCGUUACAACCCAAUAAAUUAUUUGCAAUGGAGCCAAAGAUUCAUUAUUUUUUGGCUUGAGAAUAUGAUUGAAUAAAGCAAAGUGGCUCACCAAACUGUCUGCUCUUCUUUGUUAUGAAGCAGCAAUCAGUCCAUACAAUUUUGGACUCGAUUUUCAUUAUGGGUCAUCCGGAAACAGUCUGUCUGUGCUUUAGUACAGGGGUAAGACUACGUACAUCCAAUCCCCACUGUAGGUGGGAGCCUUCAUGGCACUGGGGUAAAUGAUGAUUGAAUGAUGAUUGUUACAACCCAAUAAAUAUUUGACUAUGUCUCCAACCAAAACAUUUUUGUGUUUGUUAUGUAUGUUUGUUGUUAUAUUUAAACACACACAACAAACACAAAAAUGUUAUGAUGGAGAAAUAGUCAAAUAUUUAUUGGGUUGUAGCGCUUGAAGAAAAUUAAAGCAAAAGUUAUAGGAAAACAGUUGUAGUAAUAGAAGUAGUGAAAAAUAGUGACAAGUAAUCAAGCUUUUUUCUUGCGCUUCAAAUCAACAGGUGAGUCCUCUACUCUCGAGUGUGGGAGUUUCAUCUUUGAUAAAGGUGGGGUUGGUAGAUCAAUGUUGGUUGCAACAAUAUAAUGAGAUGCAUCAUGCAAGAAUGUUAUGGUGUAGGAGGGGUAUGACUUGGUUUGAUAGGUACUUGUUCGUGACCUCAGCUGUACAAUAUAUUCUUCUUUGUCCAAGCGUUUGUUUGCAUAUUGGAACGAUGUCUUCUUUUCCUUCAUAAUUUAUAAAGAAGAGUCACAUGUUGUGCAGUGUCAAAUUAUAAUAGUUCAUAUAUAUAAAUUUAAAGUAUUAAAUUAGUGUGAGUUGGUAACUUGUCAACUUGGAGCUUCACUUCCAUAAUUUGUUUGCUAGUCAUGAGUAGAAGUUUCUCGACGCAUUGCUAAAAAACUGAGGUGUCAAUUGUAGAAUUGAUGAUUGAGACAUUCACUUUGGAUCUAAUAACUUCAUAAAAAAGUUCAAAAGUUGUUAUCUGAGUUUUGUUAAAUUUUUUAACUUAGAAAAGGUUGAUCAUAUAUUUCAUGGGUAACUUUGAUAUCUUACAUUGGAGUACCAAUUGCAUUCUCCUUAUCAUAAUGAAUGCAAAAAACUGGGUAUCACAAUCUGCAUAAACUGUUUUCAGGCGGUUCAUACAAGCUAUAUACCAAACGAGUAGUCAUUGUUAUGAUGGAACUAUGUAUUGCUAUUAUUAGUUAUUUGUUUUAAGUUUUGUAGAGUAUACCGGAUCAUAGGAUGGAGGUAAAUCAAAUAUUUUGGAAAUGUCUUCAACCACUAGAAUUGCAAGGUUAAUUGCCGUGUUAUUGUAUUCACGACAUAUCUUUAGCGCAUCAAGAGUAGGACGAUUGUAUCGCCCUGCAUAAAGCAAGGUGGAAGUGUGGAACAAAUGUUAAUGUGAGAACAUACACAAUGAAUGGGUACAAGAUUAUUUAUAUGUGGUGUAGUGACGUACCACUUCUGCUAUUCUUCAGCUCUUGAAGAUGUUGGGUUGAUGGUGAGUGUACAAUGAAGUUUUGUAGACAAUGAAAUUCCUUCAAAACCCCGUAUAUAUAGUGUAAAUAUACAUUAUAAUGAUAAUAAGAAUUUAGAACAACAACAAUUUUAUACAAUUUGUUAUGUAUGCAUAUAAUACAAGGUCAAUAUUAUAUGGAGGAAAAAGAUGCAAAUGAAAAACUGAUUCAAACACCGAAAAAGAAAAAGGGAAACAUGAGUAGUUAUUUGUGGGCUUGCUUCGGUGGUUAAUUAAAAACGAAUGUUUCUAUUAAAGUAGACUAAAAAUGUAUGUGCAUCACCCUCCCAAAAAAUGGUGCAAUAGAAUGUAGUGGAAAUAUCCCGUGUUAGCCCCUUUUGUCUCUAGCGUUUCAUUUAUGUCUUCAUAUAUUUUUCCUUUCAAAUCUAAACUUUUGACUUUUCAGCAAUUUCUUUUUAUUUCAAAAAUAGUCUAAACACCGAAUUAAAGUCAAAUUGAAAAAACAAAUACCUAAAAUUUCUUUUCGAUCGCCAUUGCUCAUCUCUCGACUUCUCCACGUCACCUUUCCUCUCUUCUUCUUCUUCUUCUUCUGUUAAACCUUCAUAUCUCCUUGGCCAAAUCAGGCCGGGCGGAAGAGCUCGCGCUGGAGUUGGAUGAACUGAAAUUGCUCCAAAGGAUUGCAAAGAGUCUGCGCUUUGUCUCUCUCAUUUCCUUGAAAUUCGCAACAUGGAAAAGCGAUCGAUGUUUAUACACAUGUAAUUUUUAAAUAAAAAAAUUAAAAUAUCAUGAUAAAAUUGGAUAAUAGGUAUCAACAUGAAACAGGUAUGAUUUGAGAUUUUCAGCCUUUUACUCACUUUUAUUUUGAUUAUCUGCUUGCUACACCUGUAAUGUUGUCUUUCUUGCUUUAGCCAAUCUGCAUGUGUACAAAUGUACAAUUACAUUAGUAUUAAUGUGAAUUCUGCUUGUGUUUUUCACAUAUUCUCAUUAGCUGGUGUAGUAUUAAAUUAUUAAUUUCAUUGUGAAUGUGACUUUGACGAAAACUCUUACAGAUAUAGAAUAUAUGGUUCAUUCAAUCAUGUUUAGAUGGGAAAUAAAUGUUGGAACUCUGUUAUUUAUCCAAUUGCCAAGUUUAGAGAUAAUUUUGAUUCUUGUAUAAAAGCUUUUGAUUGGUGUUAUGCGGAAAUUUCAAUCAGAUUAAGGUUGGGAUAGAUUAGUUUGGAAAUCUAGAAACUAGAUUUGUCUGGAAUAUGGAAUUUCAGAAACUAGGAACUAGUCUCAAUAGAAAUUUUGUAGUGAUUCUACUUUCUAGGUUAUACAUUAUGCUGCAACCUAGAAACUAGAAACUAGAUUGUAAAUUUUUUAACAUUAUAAUCUCUGAGUAUUGUAAUUUUUCUAUCUUUACUUUUAGAUGUAUGAAGGGGAUGUGGUGCUUACAGAGAUGUAUUCUGGCUCAUAAUUUACUCUUUUCUCACUUACAAAAGUUAUUGGUUGCAUUUUUUAAGUCAAACCUUAAAUAUUUUUACCUUCUAAGUUCUAAAUCAGAAAAGGCUUUCUAGCACUCUGAGGUUUUCUAUGAAGAGAAGUGGAGUCACAACAUGAAAGUGUUUCGUGCAUUAGGACUCUUUGCUGGUAUGGUCAUGAUAUGAUGGUUAUCUAAAUAUGGAUAAAGGGUGUUUGAUGUCAGCUUGUUGUUUUAGUCAAGUAUAUAAUGUAAUAUCUUUAUUUGUGAUUCCUUCUUUUUGCUCCUGAAUGAAGCAAGAAGACUGUUUUUGUAAAAAGUGCUUCUCAAAGCUUUGUGAUACUCAAAUUUCAGUUUUCUUUAUGGUUGAAUUUUUUCCUUUUAUUUCAUCAACGUGCGUUUAUAGCAUUUUCAAAUUUAACAAAACAAAUCCAAUUAAGAUUUAGCUGCUUGAUCACUUUUUUAAUUUUUCUUAUUAAUACAGUUGGCCAGAAAAGAAAAUAUUGAUGCAACUUUGAUGCAACUUUGAUGCACCAAUAUAGAGACAUAUUAUAUGCACUUUGAUGCAACUUUGGAUACUAUUGGUGUUCCAAGAAAGAAAAUAAAUUGCAUCAAUGUUUGGAAGAGUUGAGAGGGGGUAUUAUAUGAAAUUACAAGUAAAUACCAAUUGAAUCCUUCCUUAACUUGCUGUUGAAUUUAAUAGAAGCAAUUGUUGUGAACUUGUGAUAUGUAAUAAGAAGUAAUCGUUGUGAAAUUGCAGGUAAAUACCAAUUGAAGACAAGAUAAUCAAAUCUUAAUAUAUUUGUAAAAAGUAGUGAUAUGAAGGAAACCUAAAUUAUUUAAUAAAUAUAUGUAAUAAAUUGAAAUACUACACUGAAUUACAUAAUUGUGUUGAUAUUUUUAUAUAUUAUUUUUGUUGCUUUUUGUUUCAUAAAA